ACUAAACUUUUGUACUUACUACAUUUUAGCAUCAGUAGUUAUUCACGUACAUCAUUUUUUUUCUACCCUCUCAACCCAGCUUUUCCUGACUCUGGGAAGAAGUGGGAAGAGAAGGCCUCAUUUUUAAUGCAAAACACAUUUUCCUUAAAAAUUAACCAAUGCAAAACAAAUUAAUACAGUGAUUUUUUUUCCACUUAUGAAAUUUACAUUUGUCAUGAACCAAUUUUGUACGUUAUAUGCCUGUUUGCCAGCUGAAGUUUACAUGGUGGAAAUGUUAUUGAAACCUUUUAAAAUUUAUAUCAGGUCUUUUUUUUCCCCCUCUAAUUCUGAGUUUUUGCUAGGAUAGAUCUUUCACCUCUUAGAAAAUCACUCUAUCUGAUGUUUAAAUCCAUGAGAUGGAAUGAGAAAUAUUCCACUUGCUAAAAUUUUCUUCAGCUUUUUAACUUUUUACAAUCUCAACAGGUCAAAGGCAAUUCUACUAGAAUUGAAAGAAACAUUUUUUGGGUCAUUGAUAGAGAAUGACAUUAAGACUAUAAAUAAGUCAUGCUGGAAAUAAAAAUUUACAAUCAGGUCACAAAUGUCAACACUUUAUAAGAACUUGGGAAGAAAAAACCUCUUAUACUUUGCUUUACAGUGACUUAGGCACUGGAGGAAAUGAAGAUCAACACGAUUUCGAAAGCAAAAGUUACAGAGUGUUCUGGUCUUACUCAAGUGCCUUGUAAUAAAUAGCUUGAUGUGAAGGUUCACAUUUCCUCAUUCAGUCCAGCCCUUUAGGAAUCUCGUAGACAGAUAGUACUCUAAAGGGAAAGAUUUGAAUGUGUCACUGUGGCCCUGGCCCAGGCAAAUCAUUUUCAGCAGCUCCUGUCUGCUGUGCAUUCUUCCAGGACACAAAGCGCGGGAGAAGACAUGGUCGGAGGCUCUCAAGGAAAUAAUGUGCUGCAAAGCCAAGCUUGUUAGUUCUUUAUGAAGUGAGGGACAAAGACCUGUUCAUUCAGCAAAGCUGUGGUGUGUGCCUGUUAAAUCGGGCACUGUGCAAGGCAAUAGGGUGAAGAUAUACAUAUUAAUGAGACACAGCCCUAAUCUUUAGGAGCUCAAACUUUAGUUGUGGGAGAGAGAGUCAAGUCCAUAAAAAUAUACACAGUGCUAAGUGUUUAACAGUAGCCUUUGUUAAGGCUACAGAGCACAAAGGGAAAGAGGAACAAAGCGCCUGGGGGAGGUGGGAGAACUUAGAGAGGAGGUAGCGUUCUGAGUUGGAUCUUGAAGGCUGUGGUAUUGAACCUCCAAAGGGGAGAGAGAGGCUCUCUCAGCGCAAAGACCAAGAGAUGGGGUCUCACUCUGUUGCCUAGGCUGCUCUUAAACUCCUGGGCUAAAGCGAUGCUCCCAAAGUGCUGAGAUUCCAGGUGUGAGCCACUGCACCUGGCCCCUGUCCUGCAUUUUACGGAUGAAGAAAACAAGACACUGACGCCAAGGACUUACUGUUGUGCUAACACUGAAGACUUGGAGACAGUUAUUCACCAUGUACACAGCCUGUACUCUUCUGCUCCUUUCCUGGCAGCAGGGGUUUCAAUGGGAGGGUAAGGUUUUCCCUUUCUAAAAUAAUCUCUGAGAGGGAAGCUAUUUUAUUGGCUGUCUCUUUGAGAGGACUAUAAGCUAGCUAUAUGGACACUUUUUAAAUAAAUGUCUGAUUAUGUUUAUCAUAUUUUAUUAAAUGCGGCUGAUUGAAUGAACGAAGGAAGGAAAGAAUUAAUUCAGGUGAAUUUUAAUAUUUUUCUUAACUACGGGUCUCUGUGACUGCGGAUUUUGUGAGCCUGAAGGCUUGUCCGAAGCCCAUGAAGUCGAUUGCAUCACUCACUGGCUGCCAUGUUGACCUUCUGAUUCCUGAUGCACUCCCAGCCAUCCCUGGAGCUGCGUUCUGAAGCUGAACUUGUAGCAUGACUUUCAUCACUCCAGUUAGAGAAAUAAUCACUUAUUGCUCUCUCCAGCUGCAGUGGCCUUCAAAAUUAUUUUUCCCCAGAAUGCUGCUUCUAAAUUACCUGGGCAAAAUUGGGUCCAAAACUCCUUUGAUGGCAGCUGCAACUUUUUCCGUUGGUUGGAACACCUUCGCUUGCUCAGAGUCAUUGGAAAAACCACUGAACUGGCUACUUUUUAAUUACUAUUUGACAACCUGCCUUCAGUCUUCAGUUAAUAAGCACCGACAUAUGUUUGUAAAACAAGUUGAUAUGGAUCAUGUCAUGAAGGCUAAAUCCAUCAGAGAGUUUGAUAAGCGAUUCACUUCAGUCAUGUUUGGAUACCGAACAAUUGAUGAUUAUUAUACUGAUGCCAGUCCAAGUCCUAGACUGAAGUUAGUAGGAAUUCCAGUAUUGUGUCUAAAUUCUGUGGAUGAUGUUUUCUCACCCAGUCAUGCUAUUCCAAUAGAAACUGCUAAGCAAAAUCCUAAUGUUGCUUUGGUCCUUACUUCUUAUGGAGGCCAUAUUGGUUUUCUGGAGGGAAUCUGGCCAAGACAGUCCACUUACAUGGAUCGUGUCUUCAAGCAAUUUGUGCAAGCCAUGGUUGAGCAUGGACAUGAACUCUCUUAACAUGUAGUUCUUCAGGUGCAUUUUGUCUGAACCACAAUUGUGAAGGCAGCUCAGCUUAGUGCACAAAUUUUAACUAUUGUAUAUAAAGCAAAUAAGCCAGCAGAUGGGUGAAGAGGUCCAGAAUGAUAUGCAAAAACUACUUUUUAGAGAAACAAAACAACUUUGUAGCAACAAAUUAAAUAUAGUAUUAGAUUGUUACUUUUGUAGAUUUUAUUUUUACUAUGCCUUACCAAGUACAUCCUUAAACAAGGUAGUAUGUACAUGAAAUUGCACUUAACCAAAACUACUGUGUAAAAAAAAUUUUAAUUCCUCAGGGUUUUAAUUUAAACUAGUAUUUUUUUAGAUCAUUUGUUUUAGGUGAUUUAAUGGUACUUUAAUAACUACUAAGAAAUAUUGACUAUUUGAAUGUAAGUUAUAAGGUGGUACAUUCCUAAGGGUAUUUAUAGUUGACGAUAACAUGAAAACUGAAAUAAAAUACAACGCGCUAAAUCUUUUAUGUAUUCUAACUUUAAAAGACAAGUGCAACAAUGUUAGACUGACUUCUAUAUGUGCUCUUUUACUCUGAUAAUAUUAAAUAAGGACUAACUUAUGUUUUAUAAUGAUUAUAAUUUACAUGCUUAUUUUUAAAAUAGUAUAUGUGGACACAUAUAUAUCAUUAUAUUAAAAUAAAUUAUACCAUUUUAAA